UAAGAGCGACGUUUAAUAAAUUCGCGUAUUUAAUGGCCCCGGUGCAAAUCCCUCUCGAUUUUAUAGGACCGGAUAAUAAUACCGCAAUGGCGUGGUAAAAUCCUCCGACAAAUUACAAUACUUCCAUACGUGUUUAUGCUUCCUCCUGAAAUACGAGAUCAGGCAGUUCGGGAGAUGAAUGGACCACAAUGAAUGCGCUUUAACAAAUAAAGAGACACCACAGGCUCAGUCGAUCCGUUGGCGCGACUUCGAAAGCAUUACUCGUACUCGAAUCUCGCACAAAACACGCGAUUCACUACAUUUUUAUUUUUUAAAAUGCAUCGCAAGGGUUGUGUUAGUGUUUAUCCGGUCUGAGGCGAAAUUGGGCAUUUUUGACGGAAAAAUGGCAUGUAUACGGCAAACAUUGAUUUAAUUCAGGAAUUUGGGUAAUCGUCGGCCGCGUCCUUUCCAAAUAAUGUGUAAGAAAUAAACACGAAAAUGUGGAUCGCCGAUUUGAGACUAGUGCUGGGCUUUUGCAUUUGUACGGCAUUGGCGUACCAAGGAUCCAAACAGGACUACAUCAAAUGGCGGGAGAGGUUCCUUCCRAAGAGGCCGACGACGACGGAAAGUGCAGUGACUAGUGCGAAUGAUAUUCAGUAUGAAAAUUUGAAGUUGAGGCACCAUUCGCGGUUCCCCAAUUUGGACAGGGUUUUGUACAAGAUAGACAAUUUGCAGAAGAAAAAUGACGUGCAACCGGUUCAUAACAAGAUUAGGCACCAGAAUUUGUACAAGACGACCACUACAACGACCACCACCACUGACGAGGGCCUCUUCGGCGAUGAUUAUUCCGAUUUGGAGUAUAACGAUGACAACAACGAUGAGCUCAAUGACUACGACGAGUGGGAAGACGACAAUUUCGAUGAUUACGACGAAGAAACCCUCGACGACGACGACGACGACGACCCCUUCACCGACGAGUGGCAAAACGAAGAAGCCACCCCUCCAGCACCCGUUUCUUCCUUCACCAAAUACAAGUGGGACAAUUACGGGACGCGCUCAAGGGUUGAAGAAAGCAGACGACAGCAACUUCAUCUCAAGUCUCACAACGAAGGAAGGGCGAUCAACGCCGCGUUGGACCACUACGUGAAGGUCCGGCAAGAGGGCCAAUGUCUGAAACCGUCACCGAAAGUGAUCUCAGUCCAAAGUGAGCAUCCUGAUCCUAGUAAAAGCUACACUCCUCAUUGCACCAUCCUGCACCGUUGCGCYGAAGACACUGGAUGUUGCGCUAACCACACAACCAGAUGUGGGCCUAAAACCCAAGUCCUCGUUCACCUUUACUUUUACGCGAAAACCUUAGGCAUCGCCGGAACCAAAGUAGAAAAAUUGACUUUUUACAACCACACGGAAUGUGCUUGUAUCGAAAAGUCACAAGGGCCGACCACCCUCCCCGAGGAAAAUAUUAAUUUGACUCAAGGAUUAUCUCUCAAAUCCCACCCAGAAAGCUCGAGAAACUGCAAAUGCCCGGAGGAGUUCACCCCGAAAUUCCGGUACGACUCCAGAUGUAGUUGCGAUUGCGACGAGUACAAUCAGGACUGCAUCAGGAUGAAGAAAGGGAAGGAAUACUUCAGUCUCACCGAUAGAAGGUGCAUUAUUGAGAACCAGUGCGGAAUCCCGGUUUGCGAAUAUGGGGUUUACAUGCGUCAUAUGGGCCGCUGCCAACGAAAACAGGAGAAAUUCGAUAGUUUUAGCAAAAUGACCGUGAAAUGAAUCGUAUUAUUAAAUUUUAGGGUAAUUAAAGCAAUUUUGCCAGUGAUAUAUUAGUGAAUUUAUUUGACGGUGACUUUAAUUUGUGUGAAUUGGGGAUUUUYGCAAUUCGGGGUACUGAAUUGACGAAAAUUCACAAGAAUUCGUGUAAGGUGCAUGUGUUUAUUGUAUAAGUGUCAUUUUUUUUUAUUGUACCCGAAACCUAGUCUUUAGGUCAAAUUAGGUGCUGUAUUUAAAAGCUUCGAUGAUUAAUAUAACUGUCUCAAGAA